GUUCAGUUUCUUUUAACCAGUCAGCGGGUUGAAAUGUAAACAGAAGUUUCACCAUUGUCAAGCUUACCAUGUCGUGUGAAAGUAGGCUUCGUUCGUCGAUUGGCGAACUAGCUAAAAUUAAACGAAUUCUGUUUCCUUACCAAGAAGUUUAUGAUGACGAUGAUGAACGCUGGUCUGAUGCUGAGGCCUGGACAUGGAAGGCAGAUUUUGAUGAUGCUAGUGAAUCAAAAGAGGAUAAAAAUUCUUCUAAUUGGAUCCAAUCUUGUUUAAUUUCAGUCUCUGAUCAGUCUGAAGUCCUUGUGAUAACCCAUGAAGACAGAUAUGUUGUGUUGUCUUCAAAAUGGGAGAAGAAGAAUCAAAAAGAAGUUCAAAGAUAUUAUCUCACCUAUCCCAUAUCAAACACAUCAAAUGGAAUUGGGGAAACUAUCACCUCUGUUUUGUGUGUACCAAUUAAAUCGUUGCAGAAAAGUAGCGAAGGGAUGCCUGAUUGGAUCUGUGUUAUUUUGGGUUUCAAUACUGGAUGUGUGCGAAUGUAUACAGUGAACGGAGAUCUGUUGAUGACUGAAGCAUUCCACGAUGAACCUGUUCACCAUCUCAAAUUUCAUCGUUCACCUGCAAAUCCUGCUAAUCAGGAGUUUUCGGUUUUGUAUCAGAAAAUCAUAAUUGUUGUCGAAGGUAUAGGACUAUUUAAUUCACUAAGAGCGUGCCGAAGCCAUAUAGCUAAAGGCAGAGCUCUUUAUGGAACGGGCGACUUGCAUUCCCAUCAUCCGCCAUUACACUAUAGAAAGCUUUCUCUACAAGAACAAGGCAGAAUAAAUGACUGCUUCGUUCUUGGCACAAACGCGCCUACCCAAUUUGACCACCUUGUAACGGCUUCGGUUGCAGGAGGAUUCCAGGCACGUUACAAUAAUUCCCCCCCUGUUGCAACUGGAAUUCUUUCCUUAGGAAGCCAACCGUAUUGUGCUUGGCAUUAUGCUGUCGAGGGCUCGGCUGCGCCUCUGCUAUCUGACGUUGCAUACGCACUGGCAAGCAAAGUUACUUCCAAGUUAUUUUCUAAAACAAGUGGCUGGUUGGGUUGGGGUGGCGGAGCUACCGAUUCAACUUCACCCAAACCUAAAGACAAGCAAUUAACUGAGCCUGCCACACCAGUGUACCCAAGAUAUGGCUUGGCGGAUUCCUUAAGAGAGGCUUUGUCGGUGUCCGUUUCACCAAAUGAGAAAUUAGCUGCUAUUACCGACUCUUUGGGAAGAGUGGUACUCCUUGACCUCCUCAGAGGAAUCGCAGUGCGAAUGUGGAAAGGGUACCGAGAUGCCCAGUGUGCAUGGAUAACAGCAUGGGAAGAAAUGGUUCAACCCCGUGCCAAAGUUUCAGGAAGCGAGACUUCCGCUACGCCGAGAAUGGUUUCUUUUCUUGUGAUUUAUAUAACCAAACGAGGCAUUCUGGAAAUAUGGACACCCCAACAAGGAACCAGAGUUGCUGCCUUCAACUGCUGCAAAGGCGCCAAGCUUAUUGGUACAAAUGCUGGUUCAUCGAUCGAUAACGAUCAACUACAAUGCUGUCUUUUAACUCCGGAUGGAAAACUCGAAGAAGUAGUUGUUCCCUUCCAUUGCUCGUUGAAAGGUGAUAGCAGCCAGAAAGCUCGCGAUCUCCAUGUUCUGCAGCAGUUACGUAAUGAACUACUACACAGUGCUAGUACGACGAGUUUUGACCUAUUGAUGGAUAUCCGUCAUGCGAGCAUAGUCAGCCAAGGUUUAGAUUUACUUCUCGAAUGCCGGCAUCCUGUAGAUCCACACGCCUUUGUCAAGUGUCUGGAUUCCAUCAUCAGCCAUAAACAAUAUAGCAAAGCAGAUGCUAUAGACGCUGAAAGCCGUUUGCUGUUGUCCCGGAUCCGACUUCUUUCUAGGCUUGCCCGUCUUUACAUCCACUUAAAAAGUAUGCAAAGCCAGCCGCCUGAUUAUGACACCGUUAUCAGUGCAUCACACAUUUCUUUACAGGAUGUUGCAAACGCCCUUCAUGUAAAUGAGGAUGAGAUAGCGCGGACCGUUCUACACUGCACUACAGUCACAGCACAGCUACCUAAUUCUCAGUCAGCAAUUGAAAUACAUGCCUUCCUCUGUGCCUUUGAGUUAUCUAUAAGCCAUGGCACUUCAGAGGAUUGCGUCCGUCUCAAACCUACUCUUUCUCACGAUGAUCGCAAAGCUUUAAGCUCUUGGAUAUGGGGAACGAUUUUUUCACGAAAUAUUGAUCUUUUGGAUGAAUUAGCAGUAAUCCUCAAGUCAUCAUCAAUUUCGCCUGAAGAUCUCGUUUCCAUGCUGAUGGAUUACUGGCUACACCUUAAUUCUCCAGCUCUGCCAAACCUUCCACAUUUUCACAAAUUACUAAAAAUAUUGUCCAACUCUGCAGGGCCUGAAUAUUUUAGCAAUACGGAAUCUCCUUCGCCUUGGUGGCAGAAUCUUCAACAUCUACUUUCAAAGAGCUGCAACCUCGAACAAGCCUGUUGUGCAGCCCUUGUCGUGCGUUCCGUCAUGGCCGAAUUUGAAAAGCGAAAAAUUAAUCGGUUGAAUGAUAAAGGUGCUGAGAAUACCGAUGUGAAUAUGGAUGACUCCAUGAACGAUUGGGAAGACAUGUCGAUUGACUUCUGUUCAUGGAACGUGUUGUCGAAGCAGCUGGAAGAUCUUUCUUAUUUGUCGCGACUAAUACAUUAUGUUCCUGCACACCUACGUGAAGCGCAAAGUCGAAACCUCGACUACGUGGUUGAAGAAAAGGAUUUGGAUAAAUUGGAAUUUUCCCUUGCCACAGUUUUGCAAAAAGGAAGAGGUGCGGUUAGUGAGUUGAUAGCCCGUUGGCUUACCCAAAAUUUGCUUGAAGCGGAAAUUAUAUUUGAAACGGCGACAGAGACACGAGAAAAUUCUGAUCAAUCCAUCACCGAUGCUGAUGCAGAAUUAGCGCCUGAAGCUGAUAAGUUAUCUACAGGAACCUCAGAAGAAACCAGUGUCAUCCAAGAUCUGUUUCGUGACCUCAGCCAACAUUUACCAUUCAGCACGCAACAUGAUGUUAUUUUGUUGAACGUUGCUGUCGAAUACGCAGCCAUGUGGAUCAGGAAUCCUAAAAAUAUGAAGUUACUCCAGCGAAGUUUAGAAACUAUUUUACCUAUCCGUUCAAAUCUUCUACGUCAUGGAAUAUGUCGCACGCUUUGGUCCAUGUCUUUCUUUCCCAUUUUUCAAGACUUGGCAAUCCUAAUUGACAAGACUGGACGUCUACCUAAAAAUUUUACAUCGCGCAAAAUCAGCCUUCCUUCACCCGAUCAGGCGGUUCCUUUCUUGGAGAUAACCAUGAAACUUUUAGAUACUGCAACUUCGUCUGCCAUGUCAUGUGAAAUCGAGCCACCGCUGUUUAUUCGCUACGACGAUAUCUGGUCUACGUGUGAAGGUGCAACUCCAAUGCAAGAAGUAGCCAUCCGACAUCGGCUGAUCAAUAUUGAUUUGGUUCUAUUGCAUCAUCAACUUGCCCAAACACUCCAUCUUGUCGCCAGUUUGGAAAUCAAAGGGGUGCAUGUUUUCUCUCUUUUUGAUCAACGAGUGGGGAGAUCCGCUUUUUUCAAAGACCUCCACAGCUAUCCUCCACUCCCUUCGCAAGAGGCAGAUCCAACUGUUGUUCACAACCGCUUGCAGUUUUUGAAACAGGUUAUCAGUAAAGCCAUUGAAUAUAUGGAACAUAACCAGAGUUUAGCUCUCGACUACGUAAACCAAGCCGUCAAACUAGGAUACGAAUGGAAUGUCGAUGUCGACGAGUUAAGAAUCAAGUACGUAGACCUUCUAUAUCUCAACCAUAUGGAUCAUUUAGCCCAUGAAGUGCUACCAUCGAUUGGCUCCAAUGAAACACUUGGCUCAACACUUCUUGUUGCUGCUGGAAGGCGACUCAAAGAUGUUUUGAAGCCAAGUGAUACUUCAGCGCUGAGUCCUACAACUACUGCAUGGCUCAGUGAAUUAUCAUCAGACACCAGAGGUGCUGCCCUGGAGCCAAAUCCGACUGCAACUAAAACUCUUGCUUUGUUAGUGGAAUGCCUCCGUCGUAUUCCAAACGAAAGUAGUGAUCAUUUCAUAGCUAACGAACUUCAUUCGCUUUUAUCCGCUUUACAUAGCACCAGCCUAAACUGAACGUGUUCCAGAUAUUCCCCCCUCGCUUAGAGCGCCCAUAUAUUUCGAUUCCUGGAUUUUGUUGUACUGACAAAUAUUCAGACAAUGGAAUAGACAGAAAAUUAUCAAGUAA